AUGUGCUGGGGAUUUGUGAGUGAACUUUCGAAGGAAAAACCAGAUUUAAAGAAAACACAGAAUGCCACGCACCGCACCACCCCUGAAAGUGUGGCUUCGGGCUCGCGGCUGCCCUUGCUCCCCACCUCUGCACCUCUGGAGCUCCCCAGGCUCCAGGAGCCUGGAGCCACGAAGGGCUGCAGAAGCAGCAAGGUUCUCCGGGAGACCGGGGGUCUCCUGCGGGGCGGGCUGCAGGCCAUCAGGGGGCGGCGUAGUUUCAGGCCGUCUCCCGCCCGUCGGGUGUGCCCCGCCAGUCCAGUGCAGGGCAGGAAAGGGGCCAGGCGCCCGGAUCCCAGCCCCGCAGCUUCGGCGGUCCCAGGACCCGUACCUCUCAGGGCAGUUAAGGUGCGGUUUCCGAGGGUGUGGUGCAACGCAGGUGCCCCGCGGGGCUGCAGGGCCUGGGCUCGGCGGGGCGGGGCCGGGGCAGAUCCGGUGUUAGCCUGGCCGAGGGGCGGGGCGGGGCGGGCCUUGGCGCCCCAGGAGCUGCCAGGCAACUUUUCUCCGUCCUCACCCCGGCGGGGGAGAAAAGCUCUCGGGACGGCUUCUGAAGAGUCCGGGUUCUGGAGUCCCUCUGCAAACCGAGAGCAGCAGCUACGGUCCCCGGGCAGGCUCAGGAUGCGGCUAGGAUGGACAGGGGGCGCGCCGUUGCUGGUGUUAGUGCUCAGUCAAGGCAUUUUAAAUUGUAUGGCAUACAAUGUUGGUCUCCUAGAAGCAAAGAUAUUUUCCGGUCCUUCAAGUGAACAGUUUGGCUAUGCUCUGCAGCAGUUUGUAAAUCCAAAAGGCAACUGGUAAGAAUAUUCUCUCUAUGGUUUCAAUACAAAUACUAAAUAAAUUUAAUGUUUGGCUCCAACUGCUUGUUCAAAUUGGUACAUGAAUAUAUUAUUAAUGGAUAUCUUCAAAUAUCCUUAAAUGAAGGAUCUUUCCUUGA